UUCCAAUAACGUUGGCGCCGGACUGUCAUUACAUCUUUUCCAGCACUGCGAGUAGCCGGCGUCGGUCUUCUGUCGUAGCGCAUUUCUGUAGUGCACGUUUUUUCUUUAAAUUCCGCUACAAAUAAAUCAAAAACUUCAACAUGUCGAUGUUUUGGGGAUUAAGUAUGAAGCCUAACCGCAAAUACACACAAACCAUUGUGAAAUCUUUCCACAUUUCUGGCGCCGCCUUGGAAGAAGGCGAUUUGGCCAAACUUUAUAUUACGGCCGAUAAAAAUAAGUUUAUUGUGGCGACUUUAUCCAAGAACAUCCCACAGAUCGCAUUGGACUUGAAUUUCUGCAAAGGCGACAAGAUCAUGUUCCAAACAACUGGCAAUGCUAGCGUUUCAUUGAUUGGUUACCUACAUGAUGCUGAGGAAUCUGACGAUGAAGAUUUCGAGGAUGAUGAGUAUGCAGCCCUUGCCGAAGGCCUGGAGAAAGGCGAAGGUGCAGAGAAUGAGUCUGACUCUGAAGAAGGAAGCGACGAUGAGGAGGACGCGGAUGACAGCAAACUAGCUGCUGAAUACUCAUCAUUCCUCGAAGAUAAUGAAUCUGGCGAAGAAGAGGAAAGCGAUGAUGAUGAUGAAGAAGAGGAGGAGGAGGAUGAGGAAUCCGAUGAAGAGGAUACACCCAAGGCCAAGAAAGCCAAGAUUGCAGAGAGUGCAAAAAAACCCGCCAAGGCGCAAAACGGUGUCGCCAAAGCCGACAAGAAGCAGCAACAGCAACAACAGCAGCAGCAACAGAAGUCAAAAAAAGAUAAGAAAGCUGCUGGCGAAGACAAGAAGGAGCAGCCCAAGGGCAAAGAGGGCAAGCAGCAACAGCAGCAGCAAUCUGGUGGAGAGCGCACAAUUGCUGGCGGCGUUAAGGUGCAGGAUUUGAAUGCCGGCAAUGGUCCUGAGGCCAAGCAAGGCAAACGCGUCUCGGUUUACUACAUUGGUCGCCUUAAGUCCAACAACAAGACGUUCGACAGCAUGCAAAAGGGCAACGGAUUUAAGUUUGCCCUCGGCGGUGGCGAAGUUAUCAAGGGCUGGGAUGUUGGUGUUGCUGGCAUGAAGGUUGGCGGCAAGCGUCGCAUUACUUGCCCCGCCCAUAUGGCAUAUGGUGCUCGUGGUCAUCCGCCCACCAUUCCACCAAACUCGACUCUGGUCUUUGACGUGGAGCUGAAGGCUGUUCAUUAAAAAUUUGUGCGAUUUACUUUUUUACCCCCAUAAAUAGACACUUAAAUAUUA